UGCUGACUGCUCCUGUGGCUCCUCCCACAGGCCCCUGUAUAAAGGAGACCUGCGGCCUGAAGAUCGGCCUCAUUCUCCAGGACCUUGUAUGAUAGACACUCACUCCUGGUUCCUUCUUCCAGUCAAUAAAAGCCGAUAUCUCGCCUACGUCUCAGUGUGAGUUAUUGAUGGUGCAUCAAUUUUAUUGACUGGAAGUUUUAAAACAUGGAACCCGUUUUGCGUCCGGACCGGUUGGAUUUGGACCCUCAAGACCCUGACGCAGCUCUCGCUUUUGAACACUGGCUUGCAUGCUUCCAAUCGUACUUGGCGGAGCUUCGUGCGACUGAACCCGCCGUUAUGCACAGAAUCCUACUCUCGAGGGUCUCCUCCAAAGUUUACUCCUUUAUCCGGGACCUGCCGACCUACGAAGGGGCACUGGACGCCCUCAAACGACAGUACCUGCGGCCGGUGAACACCGUCUACGCAAGACAUCGUUUAGCUACCCGGCAACAGCGGCCUGGCGAAUCGUGCGCUGAGUUUCUCCGAGCACUACAGACACUCGUCCGAGCUUGUGACUGCAAGACGCUCACGGCAGAACAGCAUGCGGAGCUGCUGGUGCGAGACGCUUUUGUGACGGGACUGAGGUCAGUGUACAUGCGCCAGCGGCUGCUGGAGAACUCGGAUCUUACCUUAAGCUCGGCGAUAGAGAAGGCCAACGCUCUAGAAGCUGCGCGGCAUAACGCCGACGCUGUCCAGUCGCGCGAUUCCCCGCCGGUUUCGUGGACGCCUCAGACCCCGCCACCGCCGGCUCCCGGGAGCGAAUUCGCCAACGCCGCCGCCAGUCGCCAUUCCACGAGCUCCCCGACCCAGACCAAGAAACUCGUGCUUUGUUAUUUCUGUGGCCAAAAGAAACAUCCUCGACGACGCUGUCCAGCGCGAGAAGCGACCUGCUCCAGCUGCGGAAAGCGGGGCCACUUCGCCAAGGUCUGUAAGUCUCAACCUCGGGCGGAGUGCAGCGCUGCGGGUGAAACGUGGGGGCCGCCAUCUUGCAUGCCGGGAUGUGGGCGGCCAUCUUUGUCGACGUCAGCACGCCCCGCCCCCGAUCCUCGGAUGCUGACCGGGUACCCCGGAUGUGAGCGGCCAUCUUUGUCGACGUCAGCACGCCCCGCCCCCGACCCUCCGAUGCUGACCGGGUACCCCGACGGCGAUCCAACUCUGGCCACUGUGACUCUCGACCAAAGCGCCCCACACCAGCUUGCAAGGUCCAUGAUGGACAUCCAGGUGCAGGGGCAUUGGACUGGAUGCCUGUUUGACACGGGCAGCACUGGGAGUUUUAUUCACCCGGACACAGUGCAACGCUGCGGACUUGCAACGCGGCCGGUCAGUCGGAGGUUCCAUUUGGCCUCUGGGUCGCAGUCCGCAGACAUCCGGGCGGGUUGUGUAGCGACUUUGGUGGUGCAAGGCACAGUAUAUCGGGACUUUGAACUGCUGGUCAUGCCUAAUCUGUGUGCACCUGUGCUAUUGGGGCUGGACUUCCAGAGCCAUCUCGAAAGUGUGACUAUGGUAUACGACGGGCCCCUCCCACCACUCACUGUCAAGAAUCCUCAGUUUUGUGGGACUUCUUCACAUACCCCGCUACUGACCACACACACACACGGACACACACAUCCCAUCCAGAACCAGGCCAACAGCUGCGCUACCGACACUUGCAGCCUCUCCACUCUCAAGAUCCCUCCCCCACCGCUGUUCGCCAACCUGACCCCCGACUGUAAACCUGUGGCAACCAAAAGCAGGAGGUACAGCGCGGGGGACCGGGCCUUCAUUCGGUCGGAGGUGCAGCGGCUGCUCAGGGAGGGGAUCAUUGAGCCGAGCACAAGCCCUUGGAGGGCCCAGGUGGUUGUUGUUCGGACUGGGCAGAAAAAUAGGAUGGUGGUGGACUAUAGUCAAACCAUCAAUAGGUUUACGCAGCUUGACGCAUACCCCCUACCCCGCAUCGCGGAUAUGGUCAACCAGAUUGCUCAGUAUAAGGUGUACUCGACAAUAGAUCUGAAAUCCGCUUAUCACCAGCUCCCCAUCUGCCCAGCGGACCGCCCCUACACCGCCUUCGAGGCGGGCGGCCGGCUCUAUCACUUCCUGCGCGUCCCUUUCGGUGUCACGAAUGGUGUCUCUGUCUUCCAGAGGGAAAUGGACCGGAUGGUGGACCAGUACCAACUGCAGGCCACAUUUCCCUAUCUGGAUAACAUCACCAUCUGUGGUCAUGACAGGCCAGAUCACGACGCCAACCUCCAACGGUUUCUCCAAGUGGCCGCAGCUCUGAACCUUACUUAUAACAGGGACAAGUGUGUUUUUGGUACCACCCGCCUUGCUAUACUUGGGAAGUCUGUCACUGGGACCACCCUACCAGUUUGGCUGACGUCCCCGGGGCCAGUGCUGCUCCGGAAACAUGUGAGGAGCAAUAAAUACUCCCCGCUGGUAGAGAGGGUUCACCUUCUCCAUGCGAACCCCCAGUAUGCUUACGUGGUCUUACCUGAUGGGCGGGAGGACACGGUCUCCAUCCGCGACCUGGCACCCGCAGGUGCAGCAGACCACUACCCUGAAGGCUCUCCGGUAACUGUGAACCCUGCACCAGAGGUGACACCGUACUCACCAGGCCCUACACAGACUCCUCACGACACUUGUAUACCGGGCGUUUCGUACGCAUUUAUACCAGGCGCCUCGCACAUGCAUGAGGGAUCACCGGCGCCUAGUGGGCAAGAACACGCGCAACCCCCGUCCCCUGUGCAAUCGCCAAUGUUGCCGGCACCUAUGCGGUCACAGCCGGUGCUACGUAGAUCGCAGCGACAGAUUCGACCGCCUGAUCGGCUUGACUUGUAAGAACCUUCGCUACAUGAGGACUUUUUCAAACGAAGGGGGGGUGAAUGUGGUGAACUAUGUGCCUGUUGGGACACGCCCCUGCUGACUGCUCCUGUGGCUCCUCCCACAGGCCCCUGUAUAAAGGAGACCUGCGGCCUGAAGAUCGGCCUCAUUCUCCAGGACCUUGUAUGAUAGACACUCACUCCUGGUUCCUUCUUCCAGUCAA